AUGGACGCCUCCUCCCUCCGCAUCUCCAAGUUCGAUGGAACUAACUUCCACGCCUGGAAGUUCAAGAUGCAGAUGGUGCUGGAGGAACGGGACCUAUGGGAGGUCGUCAGCGGUGAGAUCAAGGCGGAACAGUGCGAGACUCAGUUGGACCAAGCGACGUACAAGAGGAAGUCAAGAAAGGCGAUGGCAGUGAUCUGUCUAGCCAUGGAAGAUUCCCAGCUACCGUUGGUCCGGUCGGCAAGUGGUGCAUGCGACGCAUGUUCAAGGUUGGAAGACCACUUCGAGAAGAAGAGUCUUGCCAACAAGCUGUUCUUGCGCCGUCGCUUCUUCACGACAAUGAUGGAAGAAGGCGACGAUGUGCUCGAACACAUCAAUAAGCUCAAGACGCUGGCGGAACAGCUAGAAGCGGUGGGGGCUCCAGUCUGCGAGGACGAUCUGGUGAUCACACUCCUCGGCAGCCUGAGUGACUCGUAUCAAUUCUUGAUCACAGCUUUGGAGUCGCGCUCAGACACUCUUAGCUGGGAGCUCGUGACGUCUCGACUGCUUCAUGAAGAAAUGAAGCGGAAGGAGCAAGGAAGUAAAGGUGAUGAAGCUUCGGAAGGUCAAGCGUUCAUCACAAGGGACAAUCAGCGCAAAGGGCGACCAGUGAAGAAGUCCUGGCCGUGCCACAAUUGCGGAAAGAUUGGUCACUGGAUGGCGGAGUGCCCCUCGCGCAUCCAAGAAAACACGGAGAGACACCGGCCACAGCGUGCUCAAGACAGCGGCGACCGCUAUCGAUCACAACGUGCAAACGUCGCUCAAGAAGAAGACUCGGGCGACUACCUCUUUUCGAUCGGUGAAACGACAUCUGCGAAAUCGAGCGACAUCUGGCUGGUCGACUCCGGGGCGACGCAGCACAUGACGUGCUCCAAGAAGUUCAUGCGGAACUACAAGGGGUUUGACGCUGUGGAUGUCCAUCUCGCGGAUGAUGGAAUCGUCCAAGCAAUCGGCAGUGGGGACAUUGUCAUGUCGAUGAAGACACCCCAAGGGAUGAAGAAAGGUGUGCUCACAAACGUGUGGCACAUCCCAAAGUUAUCCAGAAACCUGUUCUCGGUCGGCCGCUUCACCAAGGAUGUCGGCCCAGUGACGUUCACGAAGGAUGGGUGCUAUGGAGAAGCGAAAGGGACCAAGUGGAAAAUUGGUGCCCGUGAAGGUAAAGGACUGUUCAAGCUGCAAAUGACUCCAGUGGCGCCGGAACAAGCAAAUGCAGCCAAGUCGUCGGGAUGUCAAGGGGGCACCAAGUCGUACCUCUGGCACCUUCGGCUUGGCCACAUAGGUCACGAUGGACUCAAUUGCAUCGUGACGAAGAACAAUGGAAUUGGCAUCGACAUAUCUUCGGUGAAGAAGUGGGACGUGUGUGAAGGUUGUGCUCUGGGAAAACAGACUCGAGUGCGCUUCCAAUCAAACACUACAGCUCGCACCUCCAAACUCCUCGAAGUGAUUCACAGCGACGUAUGCGGACCGAUGUCGAUGGCAACUUUCAGUGGAAAACGGUACUUCGUGACAUUCAUCGAUGACAAGUCAAGAUACUGUGUCGUCUAUCUGCUCAAGAGCAAAUCUGAAGUUGCGGCGAAGUUCAUGGAAUACGCUGCGAUGGCCGAAACGCAAACCGGAAAGCGCGUGAAGUACCUUCAAAGCGACAAUGGGGGUGAAUACAAGUCCGACAAGCUGGCACGAUUCUGCGCGGAACGGGGAAUACAACAAAGGUUCACACCCCCAUAUACUCCUCAGCUAAACGGAGUAGCUGAGAGAAUGAAUCGCACGCUGGUCGAGUGUGCGCGUUGCAUGAUGGAACACGCUGGACUGGGAAAGAGCUACUGGGGUGAAGCAGUGAUGACGGCGAUGUUUCUUCGAAACCGCUGUCCAACACGUGCCAUUCACCAAGACAAGUCUCCAUAUCAAGUGUGGACGAUGAAGAAACCGAUUCUGGCCAACCUUAAAGUGUUUGGAUGCCACGCGUAUGUUCAAGUGCCUCAAGACAAACGCGCGAAGUUCGACUCCAAGUCAUCACUCUGUCGUUUCCUGGGAUACGCCGAACACCAGAAGUCAUAUCGAUUUGAGGAAGUGUCAACAGGAGCGAUCAAGAUCAGUCGCGAUGCCACAUUCAUGGAAGACAAGUUUGAUGAAGGUCCGCGCAACUACAACGAUGAGUCAAGUGUCGUUGAGUUUGAUGAUCAUGAUGAGGACGAAGAAAAAGAAGAAGGUAAAACUGACGACGACAUGGACUCGAGCGACGAUGACAACGAAGACACCAGGUCUUCGAAGAGCAACAUCAAGAGACACACGCGCACUCAAUCACUUGAGAAAGCUACCGUCAUUCCAAGUCCCAAGCGAAGAACGUACAGAGGUCCGUCGCUUGAGCAUGUGUCAGCGGCUGCAAUGGAUUUUGAAGCAGCCUACAUCGUUGAUUCAGUGGGGGAAACGCCGACUACAUUCAAGUCGGCGAUGGAAUCAAGCGACUCCGGCAAGUGGAAAGAAGCGUGUGACUCGGAGUUCGAUUCGCUUCAGAGAAACGACACGUGGGAAAUCGUGCCUCUUCCGAAGGUCGCAAGGCCAUCGGGUGCCGAUGGGUUUUUCGUGUAA